UGCGUCUUUAAUAGCGUUCCGCUUUCAACAAGCAUAACUACUUCAAUAUAUCUGACUGUUUAUUUUAUAAAUUAGCUAAAUGAAAACAGCGCAGGUGAAACGCACUUACUCUAAAAUCCCGGUGUGGAUUGUAGAAGAUCAUCAUGAGGUUGUGCAACACAUCUACCGUGCCAUCGGCUCUCGGCACAUCCCCAUGAAGGAGGUGAAGAUGGUUCACUUGGACUCGCACCCUGACCUGCUCAUCCCUGUCAGCAUGUCUGCUCAAACCGUAUUUGAUAAAGAGGCUCUGUUCAGUGAGCUGAGCAUUGAGAACUGGAUCAUGCCGAUGGUGUAUGCUGGACAUGUGUCCUAUGUUGCCUGGCUCCAUCCUUACUGGGCUCAGCAGAUCCGAGAGGGCGAGCAUGAGAUGUGUGUGGGAAGGGACACGUCCACAAACACCAUCAGGGUCUCGAGCACGGAUGACUACUUCCUGAGCGACGCUCUCUACGUUCCAGCCGAGCAGCUCCAAGACGGGAAGCCCUUCCACCUGAGCGUCAUCCGUGUGGAUCCGGCGCAGGCGUCAGAGAGGAACCAGGAUAAAGAUGAGCAGAACACUGCCAAGAAAUCCAAACCGGACCCUCAACCGGGCUGCAGCAGGUCGUGUGCUGGCAUGUUGCAGCCAGCUGAUGGCAGCAGCAGUACAUCAGAGAUGCCAAGUGUGGCGAAAUCCACCACUUCAGCUAUGAACAGCCUACUGUGUGUGCUCAAGCAAGACGAGUCCUACAUCCUCGAUAUCGACCUAGAUUUCUUCUCCUGUAAGAACCCCUUCAAGGAAAUGUACACACAGGAAGAGUACUCCAUCCUGCAGGAGCUGUACAGUUUCGAGAGGCCGCGUGUGGAUGCGGACGAGGAGAUGCUGUGCGAGUGUGUGGAGAGAAGAACACGCCAGCUCGAGGAUCUGGAGGUCACCUUCGCUGAGCUGCUGGAGGAUGAUGGCGAGCUCACCGUGGAGCGCUUAGCAGAUAAGCCUGGAAUGAAAUCUCUGGUAAAACUCGUCUGCAGCCUGAAGAGUCGUAACAAAUCUCCAGACUACGAAAUGGUCCACCAGGCCGGUCUGACCUGUGAUUACUCCGAGCUUCCUCACCAUGUCAGCAGUGAUGCAGAGAUCCAGCAGCUAAUGCUCGCUGUGCGCUUCGUCCUCCAGCCGCUGCCCAAACCCACCCUCGUCACCAUGUCCAGGUCAAGUUUAGAUGAAUAUUGUCCUCCUGAUCAGGUCGACUCCAUCCAGAGCAGCGUGCUGAACAUUCUAGAAGAUCUUUUUGGUUCUUUAGAAGUCCAUAAGGAUUACGAAGAAGCUUCUGGAGAAAAUACACUGCAGUCCUCAUGAUGAUCAGCUUUAGUGCUCCUCUGUGAUUCAUUCAGAAUAAACCAGUAUGGUGUGUGUGAGUGUGUGUGUGUGUGUGUGUGUCUGUGUGUGUGAGAGAGUGAGAGUGUGUGAGAGAGUGUGUGAGAGAGUAUGUGAGAGAGUAUGUGAGAGAGUAUGUGAGAGAGUAUGUGAGAGAGUGUGUGAGAGAGUGUGUGUGUGAGUGUGUGUGUGUGAGUGUGUGUGUGUGUGUGAGUGUGUGUGUGUGAGUGUGUGUGUGUGAGUGUGUGUGUGAGUGUGUGAGUGUGUGAGUGUGUGAGUGUGAGUGUGUGUGUGUGUGAGUGUGUGUGUGAGUGUGUGUGUGAGUGUGUGUGUGAGUGUGUGUGUGUGAGUGUGUGUGUGGGAGUGUGUGUGUGUGAGAGAGUAUGUGUGUGGGAGUGUGUGAGUGUGAGUGAGUGUGUGUGUGAGUGUGUGUGAGUGAGUGUAUGUGUAUGUGUGAGUGUGUGUGUGAGUGUGUGUGAGUGUGAGUGUGAGUGUGAGUGUGUGUGAGUGUGAGUGUGAGUGUAUGUGUGAGUGUGUGUGGGAGUGUGAGUGAGUGUGUGUGUGAGUGUGUGAGAGAGUAUGUGUGUGUGAGUGUGUGAGU